AUGUCUGAACCUGCAACACCAAUACACAAAGUUUUUUGUGUUAACAACAUCAAAUCUCAUAUUCCUCUUACCCUUGAUCUUGAAAGGCUGAAUUAUGAUGCCUGGCGUGAACUAUUCACAACUUACUGUGAAGCAUACGAUGCUCUCGACCAUAUUGAUGACACGUAUGAUGAUCCCACUCCAAAGCCCACUGAUCCUAACUGGAAGAAAGUUGAUUCGACUGUUAAAGGAUGGAUUUACUCAACCCUUUCCCAAAAUACCCUUAAUAUGAUUCUGAAACGAGCCACCUACGCUAGACAAGUUUGGCUUACCAUCGAACGUCUCUUUCGCGACAAUAAAGAUUCGAGAGCAAUCCAACUUGACACCGAGCUUCGAAAUCUCUCCAUGGGUGAUCUUAGUGUCACUGCCUACUUCACAAAAAUCAAGUCUAUUGCCGACCUCCUGGAGAAUCUCGACCCUCAAGCAAAGGUUCCUGAUAAAAAUCUUGUCAUUUAUGCCAUUAAUGGGUUAUCUUCCCGCUUUGAUAAUGUCGUUGGCAUCAUCCGUCAUCCUAUCCCAUUCCCAUCCUUUGAAGAUACCCGCUCAAUUUUACUUUCUGAAGAACAACGGAUUCUCCUUCAUCGACCCCUUCAAUCCUCCGCUCAUAGUGAACACUCAUCUUCCCCAUCGCUGUUGCACACUACCACCGACAGCAGUCGCCGUCAGGUCCGCCGCUAA